AUGCCAUACAAGUCUCGCUGGACGAUCGACGUCCCCAAUACCCACCUUGCAUCGCUGCUCCUCACCUCUCCGACGGCAAAUCUGUCCCAGACGAAGCGAUGUUUCAUGGAAGCAGCUCGCCCGGACACCCACUACUUGACACCGCAUGACUUCCGCCUCUGGAGCCAGCGGUUCGCCGCGGGCCUGCGCAAGUCCGGCCUGCAGCCCGGUGACCGAGUCCUCCUGUUCUCAGGCAACGACUUAUUUUUCCCCGUCGUGCUCAUGGGAAUCGCCAUGGCGGGCGGGAUCUUCACCGGAGCGAACCCAACCUACGUGGCACGCGAGCUGGCCUACCAGCUUCAAGACAGCGGAGCAACAUACCUGCUGUGCGCCGGUAUGAGCCUGGACACGGGCAUCGAAGCCGCCAAACUGGCAGGCAUGAGCCGUGACCGGGUAUACAUCUUCGACAACGCCAUCUACGACGGGCAAGGCCAGGCGCGGAAGGGAUGUCGGUACUGGGGCGAGCUGGUAGCGUCGCCGGAAGAAGGAGCCGGAUUCGAAUGGGAAGACCUUUCGACGCCCGAGCUGGCAGAUCGAACUCUCGUGCUGAAUUAUUCCAGCGGCACGACGGGCCGGCCCAAGGGCGUGGAAAUCACGCACAAGAACUACGUCGCCAACAUGCUUCAGUACACACAUCUUGGCACGCUGAAUCCAGACUAUGAGGAGCGUAGGGCUCGCUCGCGCUGGCUGUGUUUCUUGCCCAUGUACCAUGCGAUGGCGCAGAACAUCUUUAUCGCGGCGGCGUUGUACCGCGGCACGCCCGUUUAUAUCAUGCCGAAGUUUGAUUUCGUCCAGAUGCUCGAGUAUACGCAGAAGUUUCGGAUCACGGAUCUGAUUCUCGUGCCGCCGGUUGUGGUUAUGCUGGCUAAGCAUCCCAUUGUGAAAAAGUAUGAUCUGAGCAGUGUGGAGAGUGUCGGUAGUGGCGCCGCGCCGUUGGGUCGGGAGACCUGUAGUGAGGUGGAGAAGCUGUGGCCGGAAGGGAAGAUAAAUGUUAAGCAGGGGUGGGGGAUGACUGAGGCAACAUGUUCUAUAUUGGGAUGGGAUCCGACGGAGAAGAGCUAUUCAGCAUCCGUCGGGGAACCCAAUGCCAACUGCGAGGCCAAGAUCAUGGCCGAGGAUGGGACUACCGAGAUCCUGGAACGAAACCAGCGCGGAGAGUUGUGGGUACGUGCGCAGAAUAUCAUGAAGGGCUACUGGCGGAAUCCAAAGGCGACGCAGGAGACCAAGACGGCCGAUGGAUGGCUCCGGACGGGCGACAUUGCCUAUGUGGAUGACCAGGGAAAGUUCCAUGUGGUCGAUCGGAUGAAGGAGUUGAUCAAGGUCAAGGGCAAUCAAGUGGCCCCGGCCGAACUGGAAGCCCUACUCCUGGAACACCCCGCGAUAGCAGAUGUCGCGGUGAUCGGAGCCGUGGUCAACGAUGACGAGCGCCCUCGCGCGUACGUCGUCCUGAAGCCUGGCCAGUCGGCUACAGCCGAAGAGAUCGUCGGAUUCAUGGAGGGCAAGGUCUCCGCAACGAAACGGAUCACCGGCGGGGUUGUAUUCCUUGAGACGAUCCCGAAGAACCCGUCGGGGAAGAUCCUGCGCAAGGCGCUACGCGACCAGGCAGCGGUGGAGCUGAAGGGAGUCACGGCCAAGCUUUAG